AUGCUUCAUCGUAUCGCUCACAUACGGCCCAAUCUGUUGCUUAUCUUGCAGGAGAUAAUUCCAACUAUCGGUGUACUGUGCAAUCCUGGAAUCCGUAAGCGCCACUGGGAGCAGAUGUCGCUGAUUGCAGGGCAAGACCUGACUCCAGACAGCGGUACCUCCUUAGCCAAGAUGCUUCAGUUAAACCUGGAUCAAUACAUGGAAGAGUUCGCGAGCAUUUCAGCAGGAGCAAGCAAAGAAUUCACACUUGAAACAAAUAUGAAAAGGAUGCGUGAUGACUGGAAUGAAGUGGCAUUCGGAUUGACUGCCUAUCGUGAAACCGGAGUUUCUAUACUGGCAUCCAUUGAUGAUAUACAGCAGAUGUUGGACGAUCAAAUCGUGAAGACGCAAACAAUGAGGGGAUCUCCAUUCAUAAAACCGUUUGAAGUCGAAAUAAAACAAUGGGAAGAGCGACUGCUUUAUAUUCAAGAGACGAUCGAUGAGUGGCUCAAAAUGCAAGCACAGUGGUUGUAUCUGGAACCGAUAUUCGGCUCUGAAGAUAUCAUGCAGCAAAUGCCAGAGGAGGGCCGUUUAUUCCAGGUGGUCGAUAGGAACUGGAAAGAUAUAAUGAGGAAUACCGUAAAGGAUCCAAACGUCCUUAAGGCCACCGCAUUCCCAGGGAUCAAGGAGAGACUCAAAGACAGCAACGCUCUAUUGGAUAAAAUCAACAAAGGCUUGAACGCAUAUUUGGAGAGAAAGCGUCUAUUUUUCGCCCGAUUCUUCUUUCUUUCGAAUGACGAAAUGUUGGAAAUUCUCUCCGAAACUAAAGAUCCUUUGCGUGUACAGCCACAUCUGAAGAAAUGCUUUGAAGGGAUAGCCAAACUUGAGUUUGAUAGUCGGUUGGACAUCAAGGCCAUGUUUUCUAGUGAAGGGGAGAAAGUCAUACUCAGUCAGAUCGUCAGCACAUCCGCGGCCAGAGGAGCAGUAGAAAAGUGGCUGUUGCAAGUGCAAGACUCCAUGCUGCUGUCCGUGAGAGAUGUUAUCGAGGCAGCUCGUGAGGCAUACGAAAAUGACAAUCGGGAGGAUUGGGUUUGUUCAUGGCCUGGACAAGUGGUUCUUUGUGUGUCGCAAAUAUUCUGGACUCUGGAGGUACACGAAUACCUGGAAUACGGAGUCCAGGGUUUGCGGAACUAUCAUCAGAAAUUGGACCAGCAAAUGGCGGACAUCGUUCGCCUGGUCAGAGGUAAACUGAACGCACAACAACGCAUCACACUUGGCGCUCUGGUCGUCAUUGACGUUCAUGCUCGAGACGUUGUACACGAUAUGAUCACAUUGGAAGUAACGUCAGAGAACGAUUUCAAUUGGUUGUCCCAGAUGCGAUACUACUGGGAGGAAGAUAACGUCAAGGUUCGCCUGACGAACGCAACGGUCAAUUACGCAUACGAAUACCUAGGCAACUCUCCCAGGUUGGUGAUCACUCCACUGACCGACCGAUGUUAUCGUACAUUGAUUGGUGCUUUCCACCUUAAUCUGAACGGUGCUCCCGAAGGUCCAGCUGGAACGGGGAAAACGGAAACCACGAAAGAUUUGGCGAAGGCCAUUGCGGUGCAGUGCGUUGUUUUCAACUGCUCAGAUGGAUUGGACUAUAUCGCCAUGGGAAAGGUGAGUUUCUGUUUAACAGUUCUUGUCUAG